AUGAGUUCUCGCUCCUUGCUUCCAUCGCCUCGUCCCGGAUCUCCCUCGACGCCGACGCAGCUUAGGAUACGAAGAGCCACAUCCAAUUUCCCGUGGAUUCAGCAAUGCGCUGGCCUACACCAUUUUCAUAUCGGUUUCAACUGCGGCAUCUGUGACAAAGAAUUGAUAGAUGGAUCCCACUGCAUGAUCAUAUACUCCAAGAACUUCCCGAGAGGACCCUGGAAAUCCGUCUCGGCACGAUUUAGUCUUGCUCCAGGCCAUAAGCUUUGGCAAGGCGACGGCCUCUGCUUCUGCGGUUUCGGUUUCGGGAGUAGCUUACCCCCUGGUGCCGCCCUCGUUCACUUUCCCUGCUUCUGUCUGUUCUUCGUACGGAGUCAUCCGCCGCUUGCGGUCUUCCACCACAGACGCGAUCGUCUUGCCACGGCACUGACAUUUCGCGGGUUCGACAAUGCGCCUUUCAACCGUCACUACAUGAUCCGUUUUCCACGGCAAGUCCCCUUUGACGCGUUUAUCUACACCGCCAGGCAGUUUGGCUUCGGUCGUAUUGAUAGUCUACCGAACGAGAUCAUUUCCAUGAUCAUUAAGUUCUACGAGGACUCUCCUUUCUUGGACGCGGUGCGAGUCAUGGCUACUUCUCUCGAGCUUCGCGCCUUCACUCGCCAUUGCGUCUCGUUCUAUCUUCCUGAAGUGGUAUCCUGGAAACGCGGAGACGCUGUUCCGGUGCUUGCUCCCCGUCAAAGCCCUCUUCCAGGGCCACUUAGGGUUACUAUAGAUCCCCGUGGCAUAUGUUGUGUUGAUCGUGAAACCGGAGGAAGCCCGUCACAUUCGCGGCGUUUCGUUCACAUUGACGACGGCAGAAGGGUAAAGCUGUAUUUCAAGGACGGCCUGGCAUAUUUGAGGCGGCCUGAAGGAUAUCCCUGGUUUCAUAUCGAUGGGCCUCCUUUACGUGACACGCCGAGGGUAUCACAGGCCCAUCUUCCACCUCCCGUGGACAGUGACGGUCACUCAGCUGUUCCAACGCAAGCACCACCUCUAUAG